AUGCCCAGAAGCCAACAGCCUUUGUUUGAGAUUCUCAGUCAAGCAGGACAGGAUCGGAUUGACACAGUUGGAUACACAAAUCAAAGUAUUGCAUACAGAACUUCCACUGGUGACAUGAAUUUGGCUACAAAUGUUGAAAACUUGGACCAUUCAAGUUGCCUGAUUUCUGCAGUUCAAGACACUGAUCUUUCAUCAGCUAAACAUGUCAGUGGUUUACCUUUGUCUGACCAGGAACAAGAUCUUGCAGCUGUUACCUUGCGAAGAGAAAUGUUUAGUACAACCUGUCGAUCUGAAAAGUUGAAUCCAGAUAAUGUUCCAGAAAACUCUGCUUCAGAAUUAGGAGCAAAUAUGUCUGCCACUAAAGAUAGCCAUUCACCAGGCUCAUCUGGAGCUGGUUCUGGAUGUAACGGCACUUCUCCUAAUAUCCACCCGGAUACUUUACAAGCUUCAUCAUCUUGUCAGGUUAUCACUAAUGGAUCUGGUGGACUAGCCAAGGACCAUAAAUCUGACUCUGCGGAUUCAGCAUUUGAUGUAGAGGAACCUUUAACACCAAACUUUGAUUUUCUAGCAGACAUGGGAGGGUGUGAUUUGAGAAGACCCCAGCCCUAUCCAUUCAGGCAAACUAAUUCCGAGCUGAUCAUAUCAAGAAGAAUGUCCUUGGUCUCUGUCAAGGAGCGAGGGUAUGCCAGGCUGGAGAUGGAGCUGUCAAGGGCUCAGAAGGCUUUGGAAAGGAAAGAUGAAGAGGUCGAUGAGCUGAGGGGGAUCAGAGAGAGGUUGAUGAAGGAAGUCAGUGAUUUUACUGCUGCCUUGUUUGAGGAAGUGAACUCUCAGUUGAAUGACGCUGCCCUCAGUGAACAGCAAGCACGGAGACAGUUGAAAGAAGCAGAAUCAAAAAUUGAGGUCCUGACAGCAGAAGUGGCCGCUCUAAAAGAUUUGGUUCUGACCUCUACACCCAGCAGUCCCAACAAACACCUGCACCCACAAAUUGACACCACCUCCAAGAAAGACAAACUAGGCAAGCCAUUUUGGAAAACUCAUCGACGCUCAACUAGUCACCAUCAGUUCACCAAGGAGUCCCGGGAGAUGAAAGAGGCAACGGAACAGCACUCUCUUCUAAAGGAGCUGGAUACUGUUGUCUUUGAUGAGUUUAUCAGAUGGCGUCUGCAGCCAACAAUGGAGUUUAAUGGGCAGUUCUUUGCUAGGGUACAGCGUGAAGACAUUCAGCCUUGUCUGAGCUUCAGAAAUACACAGCUUGCUGACAGACUAGUGGAGAGUGUGAGGACAAACACCUUGUCUAUUGAACCUAUCCCUGGGGAUCAGUCGUUACCGAGGAAAUGCUGUCUGUCUGAGAGCCAUAAGCUGUGUAAUUAUAAAAUCAAAUUUGAGGGGGAUGACGAAUGGUACUACAUCUCCCAGAUGUCACGAAACAGGAUAACUGCAGUGUGUGACUUCUACGCCUACCUGCGCUACAUCGUUCAAGGACUGGUCAAAUGCUCCGAUAAAGAUAUAUUUGCUGAGCUGGUGAGGUUACGCAAUCAGAUGACACAGGCCAGACUGGGCCUUGUAUAA